UUUUUUUUCAUCAGGAGUAAUGUUGGCGCUCCGUUUUGGAGUCAUCCUUGGAUUUGUUUAAAUACGCGCCUUGGCUGUCAUCUCAUUUCUUCAUUUUACCACCAUGGCAGAUCGCUCGCAAUCUCGAGGACGUGAAUUCCAUUCAUCAGGCAGAGGGGGGCUCGGAAAUAUUCGCCCCUCAUCCACGUCGAGGGACAGGCCUAUUGGCGGCCCCGAUGAUUUUUCCUCGACGAGAGGCAGAGAGCCUACCAUUGAACCCACCAGGAUCUAUUCAACUGGACGUGGAGGUGCUGGUAACAUUCGCUCCCCGUCUCGCGACCACAGGGAGCAUGUAGGACCUAACUCUCACGAGAAAGAGAUUGUCAGAGACCAUGCCAGGGCUGAAAGAGACGCACCGCAAUCCUUCGGUCGGGGAGGCUUAGGAAACAUUUCUCGCUCGCGUUCUCGUGGCCCAGCUCCUGUGGCCCCACCGAACACGCAUUCUCCUGGUCGAGGCAGCAUGGAAGGCGCCGGCCCCAUUUACGAAGAGAAAGAACAGCCACCUCUCGGCCCCCCACGACACUCCGCUGAACAUCCUGCUAAUCAGCCUGGGGGCCAUGAACCUUUUGGCUCUAGGAACCGCUCUGCUUCUCGCGAUCCGGAGCAUCCCGGCUCCUCUAAAGACAGGCACGGUAUUUCCGGCCUGUUGCACAAGGUCACCCAUCCGACCCAUCCUAAUGAACCUCACAAUUGAGCAAGUAGAACACUAUUGAAUCAAGCGAUUAAAGAUAAAUAACUGUAAUCAUAUGUAUGUCUACUUGUAUAAUGCCGUCAAGUGUACAAGAUCUCUUAAAGGAAUUUAUACACUAUUGAACGCCUGAA